AUGGAGAGAGGAUUAUUAGAAGACCUGUGCCGAGGGGCACGAAUCCCAGUAACCAAAGCUGUGCUGGUGGCGGGGUUCCCAGAAGAGAUGGAACCAAAUGAAAUUGAGGAGAGCCUAGAUGCAGCUGAAAUACUGGGGAGGGUAAAGGUCCACACCCGUAUUUACAACCGCAAAGUGAAGGGCAUGGUAGCACUAUGUACUCACUCCAAGGAAACGGAUCUUGAUAAAGUGCCCAAAGAGGUGCAAGUAGAAGGUCUUCCCUGGACAAUUCUGGGGGCAGAGCGGUCCCCUCCUAGUGUGCCUGUGUCACUUGAGGUGGAUUCUUUAGCGCAGAAAUUGCAAGCUCUGAUGGUGGAUGAGAAGCGGAGAAGAGAAGAAUUAAUUUUGGCAUUAGGAGGGGCUCCAACACCUGCAGCACCCAGCCUGGUGGGAUGGGCCAAAGAGCUGGGAAACACUCUCAAAGAUGCAUUGAGGCCGGUAUAUGAAAGUGCUCCAUACAAGCGGUUACGUUCAUUCUCGGGGGUGUCACCUGUACCCCCAGGGGAGGAGGAUUACGAGACCUGGAGGGAUUUUACGGUGCCACUUAUCCAAAAGUGGGAAUGCUCUGAUGCUGAGAAGCGGAAACGUGUGCUUGAGAGUCUGAGGGGACCUGCCAUGCGAAUUAUCCGAGCCCUGAAAGACUCACAACCAGCUGCCACAGUGCAAGACUAUUUAACCGCUCUUGAGAGUGUCUACGGUACUACUGAUAGCAGUGAAGACCUGUAUUAUCGGUUCCGCCAUACCUAUCAGGAGCCCCACGAACGAUUGUCGGAUUUCAUCAGGAGACUAGAGGAUUUGCUACAGCAGGUAGUGCGGAAGGAGGGCAUCCCCACCAAGCACAUUUAUUCCACUAGGUUGAACCAAAUCCUUCGGGGCACCCGACAAGAUGGGUUGAUGUUGUGGCAACUGCAGGUGAGGGAGCGUGCCCAAAACCCACCCCCAUUCCACAAGCUCAUUCGAGAGAUACAUGAAGAGGAGGAGCGAUUGUUGCAAGUGGAUGCAGUGGUGCAGCCGAAGAUGGCAGGGAGUUGCACCACUACAGUGCUUGGAGAGAUGGAAGAUGCCCCGUCAGUGGCAGCAGCACUGAGAGAUUUGACCCGAGAAGUGGCCAUGAUGAAGGCUCAGGGACAUACUGUGCCAUCCUCAAGAGGGGAGAGUAGCAGGAGCGGUGAUAGCCAGCGAGAAGGUUUCUGUUAUAACUGUGGGAGAGAUGGUCACUAUGCCUUGGACUGCCAAAACAAGACAGAUCAUGCAAGGGUAUCUCAGAGAUUGCAGCAGACCAUUAGGAAGCUUCAGAGAAACACCAACAGGGCUUGGGGAAGGAGCAACCCAAGACCCUGA